AUGUCAUCCAGCCGUACUCGCCGCAUUGCAAAAGAAGUGGCCGAUAUCCACUCGGACAAUCUCUCAAACAUAAAGGCAGAUCCAGUAGGGAAUGGAGAUGACCUGACCCAUCUCAAGGGCUCCUUCAAGGGUCCACCUGGCACACCAUAUGAGGGAGGCACAUAUACGAUCGACGUCAAGAUACCUAAUGACUACCCUUUCCGGCCGCCAGUGAUGAAGUUCGAUACAAAGGUAUGGCAUCCAAACGUUAGCAGCCAAACGGGUGCCAUCUGCCUCGAUACUCUCUCCACUGCUUGGUCCCCCGUCCUUACCGUUAAAUCUGCUCUCUUGUCCCUUCAAUCCCUUCUCAGCACGCCAGAACCCAAAGACCCACAGGAUGCAGAGGUGGCCGGCAUGCUGACGAGGAAUCCGAAGGAAUUCGAACGGGUUGCCCAUGAGUGGGCUGUGAAGUACGCUGGGGCACCGAAGAAAGAGACUGGGGAAGGUAGUGGUGGCUCCAAGCCGGAGACAGCAAAGCAGAAGCAGAAGAGGUCGAAGGAGGAGGAGGCGGCAGAGAGGGCUGCUCUGUACGGGGGAUAUAACGAACAAAUGAUCAACCGCUUCGUAUGGAUGGGCUUCGACCUCGACCGGGUGGUCUCAGCCUUUGACUACGUCGGCAUCGAUCCCAAUGAUGGGGAGGAUUACGAACUGGAGGAGGCAUACAUUGGAGAUAUCACAGCUAGGCUUUUGGGCGAGCCAUAG